UCAGUCAAACUCCCCGAUUCGGGCCUCUACUCAGGUCUAUCCUCUUUGUUGUGUACUGUCAGAUGAGGUGAAAAUGGCCUCCAGUGUAUUGCGUUAUUGUUUGUGUGCUGAGAAAAUGGGCACACGAUUGUUGUUAACAAAAUCUAUUCAGCAGCUGCAGAAUCCCCAAAAAAAAUUGUCAGUUGGCACUGGAAAAUAUGCCGAGAAACGAGAGAUAGUGACUUACGAUUUGGACGUGGUGAACAUAUCUCCAGAAGAGAUUGAACGCCAACGUACCACGAGAGGUCUUAUUGAGGUCAGUGAUAAAGAGGAUAUAUCGAUAGUUUCCGGUGUACCUGAGGAGCACAUAAAAACUAGGACUGUUCGUAUUUAUCAGCCAGCAAAGAAUGCCAUGCAGUCUGGAACCAAUAACAUCAAUUUUUGGCAAAUUGAUUUCGAUACACGAGAACGCUGGGAGAAUCAUUUGAUGGGUUGGAGCUCAACAGGUGAUCCACUGUCAAAUCUCAAAUGCGAAUUCCAAACAAAAGAAGAAGCCAUCGAACACUGUGAGAAAAUGAGAUGGAAGUGGUUUGUGCAAAAACCGAAUUAUUCAGCCCCAAAGCCUCGCUCCUAUGGUGCUAAUUUCGCCUGGAACAAACGUACCAGAGUAUCCACCAAAUAAUUUAUGUCAAAGGUAACUUCUAAAUAACAUCUCUAAUCCUGUACGGUAGUAAAAAUGUACGGAAAAUGCUGAAAUUCAGAUGAAAAUAAUACCAUGUACAAAGAUUAACUGGUUGUUCAAAUAAAGAUAAAAUUUCAGUUGAA